ACGCCUCAUCCGGUUUGGCGCUCCUCUAAAACGUCGCGAGAUUUCCCGCGCUUCCCAUAUCUCUCCGCGCUCACCCAUCCCGUCCUCUUUCCGCCAUCUUGCAGCGCCGCCACCAUGGUGCGCAUGAAUGUCCUGGCAGAUGCUCUCAAAAGCAUCAACAAUGCAGAAAAACGAGGAAAACGCCAGGUUCUCAUUAGGCCGUGCUCGAAAGUAAUUGUCCGGUUCUUAACUGUGAUGAUGAAGCACGGUUACAUCGGCGAAUUUGAGAUCAUUGAUGAUCACAGAGCAGGAAAAAUUGUUGUGAACCUCACGGGCAGAUUAAACAAGUGUGGUGUAAUCAGCCCCAGAUUUGAUGUUCAAUUGAAAGAUCUGGAAAAGUGGCAGAAUAAUCUGCUGCCAUCCCGUCAAUUUGGGUUCAUUGUGCUUACAACCUCAGCUGGCAUCAUGGACCAUGAGGAAGCAAGGCGAAAACACACAGGAGGAAAAAUCCUGGGAUUCUUUUUCUAAGGGUGUAAAACAUACAUACAAAUAAAAUGCUCCAAUGGACUAUGGUGCUUCCAGUCAGUGGUUUUGAACUUUGAAAAGUUUUAAUAGCAUCAUGCAGAUACUCAUAUUUUGGGUUCUCAUAGAUAUGAGGUGCUAACUACUGAAUGUUUAUCAAAUCCAUUCUGAUCUUUUGCCUCAUUGUUGGAUCACAUAAUAGGUUUUGUGUUGAUCUUUGAGCAUUGGUCCAACCAACCUCAGAACCUGAAAUGAACAAAGGUCUACUUGUACAACAGACUCCCCUCCCCCCCUCCUCUGAGGCAUGGACAAGAAGGCCAUCAAUCUUAUGUAUUUAAUAUACCCUUGCAUACUAUUUGGGUAUAUUAGAGUUGAGUAGAACUCUUCUCCAGUCUGUCUCAGGUAAUAAAGCAUUCUUUCCUUAUUCACUUCACCUACAUUUAGCUUUGAAGCAAUUAAAUGAAUUUUUUUUUCCUGGAAGAUCAGAGGAGCGAGGAUUUUUGCUGACUUUGAUUCAUGACAUUUUAGUUUAGUGUGUAACUUCACCUAAGAAGUUGCUUCUGGUUCAAGAUGUGUGACUGGGGAAAGUGGAGGUGGAGUUUGAUCUUAGCCAAAUAAGAUAGUAAGUUUUAUGUAUUCAUAGAAUGUCUUCCCUUGAGAAUAUACUUCUGAAUCCCAGGAUCACAAUAGAAAUUAAAUUCCAUUGGAGAAUUUUUCAA